AUGCCUAACACACACAACAUGAUCAGGGCUCAAGGCAACACGAAGGCCAGUGCAACUUAUACGAAGAGAACCGAUGAAAUGAAGAAAAUCAAUGACCUGAAGAGGAAGUUGUUCUUGUCGAAGCUUCCUGCAAAAACUGCAGAAGAAAAUCAAAUGAGCAACAUUCUUUCUCAUUCUCAUAAGAAAUCUCGGAGCGAAUCGAUUGAUAAGGCUCUUGAUAUCGUCAACUCUCCAUCACGGAGAGUAAGUGGACGAAGAGGCCCCCUGCGAAGGAAAGGCUCAUCACUCUCCGAACGAAGAACUAUUGAACUUCUUACAGACAACAGCGACCACCUGUCAGAACUCCUGCGAAAAAACCAAGAUUGUUUGUUCGAUUUCAGCAGUGAUGACGAGAGUGACUUGGAAGACUAA